AUAUAAAACGGGCUCCAAGGGAGAAAGAGCGGCCAGGAAACCGUCCGUCCUGUUCGUUUGAAGGGUGUUAAUGCAAAGGCCCAUGGGUCUCACAGAGGAACGCGCCUGCAUUGCCACAAAGGAAGACACUUGAGCCUUUUUUUUGGAGCAAAUAAAAGGAUUGACUGCAUGAGGGGGAAGUUAAAGAGUCGCCGAAGCCUGAGUAUGAUCUUUCGCUUUUUCGGUUGAGUACUUUUAUUUCAAGGGGCUCAAAACGUGAGAGGAGUUGAACCAGAAACACGAUUUGAUACAGAAUGGACGCUGACAUAAACAAUUUGACUGAUGUGGACGACCAUUUUUACUCGGAGGGCCGUAAUGAUGGUUUUGGUAUCCUCAUGGCCAUUCUCUACCCAGUGGUUUGCAUUGUUGGACUCGCUGGGAACUCCCUGGUCAUCGUCGCCAUUUUGAAACUGGACAAGAUGUCAUCCGCCACGACGGUGUACAUUUUCAACCUGGCGCUAGCCGACGGGCUCUUCAUGGUUGGGCUCCCCUUCAUUGCGAGCCAGAACUGUCUGACCAAGUGGUUGUUCGGCAACGUGGCGUGCAAAGUGGUCAUGGUGCUCGACGGCAUCAACCAGUUCACCAGUGUCUUCUGUCUGACAGUGAUGAGCAUCGACCGCUACAUGGCGCUGGCAGACCCACUUCGGUUCGCCUGUUGGAGGACGCCGCGUUGCGCCAAGAUGGUCUCUGCCUUGCUCUGGCUGUUCUCCCUUGUCACUAUCCUUCCCAUGGCGCUUCACUUCUCUGCGGAUCAAGGCUUGUGCAUACCGGACAUGAUUUCCGACGUUUGGUGGCUGGGCGUCCUUUCUUACACCUUCAUUUUGGGAUUCGCUUUGCCUUUCACCGUCAUGACUGCCUUCUACACGGCCUUGCUGCUCACCUUGAGGUCGCAGCGGCUCCGGGCUGCCAUGCCCAACCAAGAGAACCACCGUCCGGAGAGACAGGUUACCAAAAUGGUGGUCGCAGUGGUGAUCGUGUUUGGUAUAUGCUGGCUGCCGUUUUACACCUUCAACUUCUGCUCCAUGUAUCAAACUGACCUUGCCUUUGCCAGAGCGUUUGAAUUUGUGGUCUUGCUGUCAUACUCGUGGAGCUGUGCCAAUCCAAUCCUCUACACCUGCCUCUCGGACACCUUCAGGAGGCAAUUCCGCACCCUUCUCUGCUCGGCCACCAAGUCUCCUCCCAGCAUGCCGUGCAACACUGAGCGGUAUGACCUAACUGUGACAGGGGUGCAGGAUGUCACUAUUCUAGCGUAGAGAAGAGAAGGCUAAACGCCAGAUUUUCUUGCAAUUACACAAAAUUAGAAGAUGUUUAUCUUCCUGCACACGUGUAGUCCAGAAUAAAACCUUGGCAUCUGUUGAAGAUGUGGGAUUUGCCUCCAAGACGGAAGCAUUGUUUAUUGUGUUUGCUGGCAUUCACGACCGCUGGCAUUCAAUUAUGUCAAGAGAGAAUUGGGUUUGGAUCACACAGUGAAUUUAUCUACAAGCUGUCAAGUAUGUCUUUCCAAGAACAGGGAGAAAAAACGACUGCCACAAUCCAGUUUGACUUUGGGGACUUCUAGUACACCCUUUACCUGUCGAGCAUAAUCCCCACUUGAGUUCUGGCAGACGCUCGGCUUUUGUCUUGUUAUAUAACCCUGAAACCUAUAAACAUCCUUCCAGUAAGUCUGACCACAAGGGGCGCUCUAUUCUGCUGCUGUUAUACUGCAUUUUUUGGUAACAGCUGGUGUGUAACUACAUGAAUGCGGCCCAAUUUGCCCUUAGCUAAAGCAGCACAAGAAGAACUCUCUGGCUCCGACUUAACAUGUCAGAAUGCAUUUAAACACAUGCAUAAAUAAACUUCUUGCUUCCAAUGUUAAAACAAAGCUUGUCUUAUUGCAUAUGACAUACAGUAUUGGGAAAUAGAAGCAUUUGCCCUGUUUUUCAAAUGUGUACUCUGCUUUUAUAGAUUCAUUUUGUGGAACAAGACAGUUUAGAUAGUUGUCGCAUGUAAAAGGGAAUAUAAUGGAUGUUUAUCUAAACAAGUAUUGACCAGUAUGUACGGCAGAUACUUUUGUAAAAGCGAAACAAUGUGUGUGACAAUCUUAAAGAUGAAACUGAUGGAAGAAUGUUUGCCUUUGUUAUCCUGAAACAGCUAGAAAGGUGACUUUUGUGAAGCCGGGAAUCAAUAUAUGAGGCUUUAUAACCACAAUUACUGAUCAUUACUCGAGAUACUUUGUAUGACUGUUUUUUUUUCCAUCAAA